GAAACGGAAAUAAAAAUAAUUAAGUCGUGAAGAUUGUUCCCGAUGGACACUUUACGCACACCACGGGUUUAAGAUUUAAAUAUGAAAUGCUACGUCCUGUCACGUGGGAGGUGGGACUUUUUUUUUUUUCUUAGAGGCUAAAAUGUUGCCUGAGCUCGUUUGUUUGCACAUGUCCCAGAAGCAAAUGAGAUGCGCGCAAAAAUGAUCAGGGUUCAGAGGAUGCGUAAGUGCUAUCAGACUCUUAAACAAUUUCGGGGGAAAAAAAGACCUUAAAUAAAUGCCAUAGGCCUACUCUAAAAUGAAAAUCUUAAUUUUAUUUUAUUUUGUUGCAGUGUGCCUGGUUUGCGGAUUCUUCACACUUUGUGACAUCAUCUUAGAAGCACAAGCAUCCCGCGGAAGCAGAAACCAAGGACGCUGUAUAAAUGGGAGAAAAGGUAGCCUCCAUCCAGCGGACCAAUUGACAAAUGGUGUGAGUGAAGAGUUUGCGUACUGUGGAGGAUGUGUGUACAACCGACUCAAUGAAAUAUGCUGUAGCAACACUUUAAGGAUCAAGCCUGCAGCCAUGGCCCAGUGUUGUGGCAAAGAUGCAUUUGAUGUAAAAACCCAGCUGUGCUGUGGUCCAACAGAUGACAAGAAGAUCCUGAAUAGGAUUUCUGAUCACCACCAGUGUUGUGGUCAUGAACAGUUCGACGAGCAGACUCAGUGCUGCUCGGACGACCUUAAAGUGGAAAAUCACACAAACUGUGACAACAAGACUACAGGGAGGACUUCAGUGAUGGGACAAUGUGGCACAAGCCAGUAUAAUGUCAGCAGUCAACUGUGCUGUGGUCCAGAACAUGACAAAAAGAUCUUGAGAAAGAAUUCCCCUUACAACCAAUGCUGCGGUCACAAACAGUUCAACAAGCAGACUCAGCACUGCUCCGACGACCUUGAAGUAGUAAAUAUUACAAACUGUGGCAACAAGACAACAGAUACAUUUGAUGUAAAAACUCAGCUGUGCUGUGGUCCAACAGAUGACAAGAAGAUCCUGAAUAGGAUUUCUGAUCACCACCAGUGUUGUGGUCAUGAACAGUUCAACGAGCAGACUCAGUGCUGCUCGGACGACCUUAAAGUGGAAAAUCAUACAAACUGUGACCACAAGACUACAGGGAACACUUCAGUGAUGGAACAAUGUGGUAAUGGUCAGUAUAAUAAGACAGAGGAGCUGUGCUGCGGUCCGCAUGGUAGCAAGAUCAUUUUGAAAAAAACAUCUGAAAACCACUCGUGUUGUGGUCACAACCAGUACAACACCAAGACUCAGUGCUGCACUGAUGCACUCGAAAUUCAUAAUUGUUCUUCAAACAACUGUUCCCAAGAUGCAUGUGUGCCAUUAGAGAAGCACAAAUGUAAGAGAUCAAAUCCAAACUCAUGCUAUUGUAGCUCAAAGUGCUGCAAACCACAUAGAUGUUCCUGCUGUGAGAGAUCCCACACAAAGUCUUUGCUCCACUACCUCUCAGGUCGACAGAGUAAACCCAUCAUGUGCAACCCAAAAGAGAAAAUCUGCUGCGAUGGCUGUGUGUCAGACCGGAAGCCCUGGAUGGAUCAAUGUUGUGGAGUCACUCCUGGAGUUCUCUGCUGCAACAACACCUUACACAAGGAUGUACAAGGACAACACUGCUGUGGCUCAUCCGUCUAUGAUCCUGCAAAGCAGAUCUGCUGCAAUGGGCACAGCUACCCCAAAACCUUUUUUCACUGCUGCGGGAAGAGCGCCUACAAUAUUUCUGACCCACUGAAAAAAUGCUGUGGAGGAACUUUGUACAACCUGACAAAAGAGCAGAGCAAUGACGCACAGUGCUGUGGGUCCCUCCUCAAAAGAAAAGAGGAGGUUUGCUGCUCAAGUGAAUACAAAGCGAUGAUGUACUAUGUUGGGGAGGAUUUCAAAUGCUGUGGUCACCACUACUACAACACUUCUCUUUGGUCGUGCCACAGAGGAAGACUGAGCCCAGGUCAGAGUGGCGACUCAGCAGAAUCCACCCUUCUGUCAAUUAACAAUCUGGACAAAGCACAACUUUGCAAGAAGAUUUACUUUGGAACAGUGCAAAGCGUGUCCCUGAACAGCACAGUUUUCAGCAGCGUACUGGAAGUUCAUGGGGAGAGAGCAACAGUGCGCCCUCACGUGGAGCCCUUCAUCAUGACACCUGAAAACAAUGGCGCGAUUCUCACAUUAACCCUUGGAAAGUGGUACUUCUUCAACGAUGCCCAUGUCUACACCGAUUUCAACCAUGAGUUGCUGCAGCAGUCUCUCUUUUUCAUUCUAUCCAAGUGUUCUCAAUGACUUACCCCUGCUUGCCGAUCUGUCUUAGCACACCAGAUCACGCAGCAGUUUUAAAGCAUGUGCACACACAUAACUUUGCUAACUUUCCUUUAUUGUAUACUCGACAGCCCUUGAUGUGUUUAUCCCUCCCUCCCUGUCACAUCAGUAUGUUUUAAGAUCAGCUCAAAAUUUGCCAACAAAAAAGUGACCAGAUUCUACAGAAUGCACAGGGAUCUUUUUUAUUUAGUACUGUUGGAUAGGUAGCACUGACAUGAUGAUGGAUUUGAGUCUUAAAUCUACAGCAAGUGAUGCUCCUUUUUUUUUUUUUUUUUUAAAUGUUGGUGCUCAACACGGUUUACAUACGGACUCUAAGUAAGAGAGAAAACGGGAGGUUGAAUGGAAUAGAAUUAGAACAGUUAUGGGAUGGGAGAAGAAGCUGUUCGAGAAAGUGCUGGUUUUAGAUUGGAGCGCUUCUGUAGCGCCUCCCAGAGGAUUGGAGGGUGAAGACUCUGUGUGACUGGACUCCUUAAUGCUUUUCCCAGUCCUUUUCAGGUAGCAGAGGUGAGGAUGUUGAGGUUCUCUUUGGGAGUGAUGAGGAUAAAUAGGUGUGAAAACAUCCGAGGAACAGCUCAGGUUUGAUGUUUUGGGGAUACAUCUAUAUAACGAGAUUGAUUCAGAACACGUCCAGAGGAGAUACAGUUAGUGAAAUAAUGCUGUUGACAGUUUGAGAGUAAAUUGAAGGUUUUCUACUGUGAAAGCCUCUAUCAAAGGUAAUAAAGCUAAAGGUUCUCAUUUUACUAAAAUGCUACCCGUGAACAAUACAUAGCUAAAGAAUUCCUGAAUUCUGAAAGAUAUGCUACUUUGACUUUUGCACUGUUCAUAAAACAAGCUAAUGAAUGUUUGAAUGUAGGUUAUUUAUCACAACUUUAUUCAGUAAUAUUACAUACAGGAUUCUCAGUAAAUCAAAUUCCAAGCUUGAAUAUUUUGUGUCAUAUUUCUAUGCUGUGGAGAUUUUUAUUAUAUUUAGAAUGUAGUUACACUACUAGGCAUCAAAAAUGGUUGAUUCUCUGUUCUCCCUUUAUCAUUUAUUUUUGCACUGUUGGCACACAUAUUUUUGCCUACUGUACAUUUGACGCUGAUUGUUCCACAGUCUUUGGUGCAUGCUGAAUAUUUGUAAUCUACUGCAAGCUCAGGAAACGCUGCACUGAAACAAAUGAAUAAACUUUAUGCUCUUAAGUAGCUUGUGAUGAUUUUCUGGAACCAGAAUCAUUAGACAGACAGACAAAUGAGUUGGUUUUGGGGUUCUGUCUGCUCUUAGUAAUAGCUUUCUUUUUUAUUCUGCACAGAGAGGAAUCAAAAAGGAACAUUUGCCACAGAAAAGCUCAGUUUUUAUAACAUUCACUCUGAAAACCAAACCUAAGCCUUGCUGUUUAAAGUAAAUAAGAGUUGUUUUUUUUCUUCCAUGUUUGUAGUUUCUAGACAGCUGCCAAGAUCGUCAAUAAUCAUCUAUGUCUGGUAUUUCCUUUGAUCAACUGGGCCACAAAUACUUCCAGAGCCCUCUUGGAUUCUGCUUCAGUAAAACUGUCUGCCCAGCUCAGUGACUCACAGCUGGUCUGAAUGACUUAUUUGUUAAGAAUAUGCAGGAUGUUUCCAGAAGUGUUCCCAAACUGCACGCAGACACUUCAACCCGGACCACUCCAGACAGAAAAUUCCAUGUCUGCUCAUGUCUGAAUAGUUGUCUCUUCUAAAGUGGAAAAACUCAUGGUUUUGGAUUUUUUAGUUUCGGAGAUGGGGGUGUUUUGGGUUUUUUUUUUUUUUUUUGGCACAGGAAUUACUAAAGUGCACUGUUGCAUUUUAGUAAUUCGCACCUUCCUGUUAACACCUUUUUAGAGAUUUCACCAUAAUAUGUCAUGCGUUGAGAAAUACGUUAUCACAACUUACUUUUCAUUCACCCACACGGAUAUAUCUGAUAAUUACAAGUGCUAUAAGUAUGUUCCCGUGCUACCCACAAAUCCCUCUUUAGUAACCCUUGUGCUAUCCUAGACAUGUUAACAUUAAAAGUGGGGUCAUCUGGACCCCAAAAAUAGCACAAGGGUUGUUGCAGAUAUGUUGCAGAUAUGUAGAUCAAGAACUUUAGUUGUUUUUCUGGUUUUAUUCUGCUCAUGUUGUUGUAUUUUGAGACUAUUUACUUUUUAGCUACUACUGAGAGUCACGAUUACAGUUGAAGUGAAGUGUUUUUAUUUCAGCCUAAUGUUGCAUGUUGAUGUGUCACGGAGAGUGGGUUCGGUUAUUUCAAUGUUUGUUUUAUUUUAGUCUUCAUUCGACUUUUAGUGUAGCUACUUAGUAUUUUUUUUAGUUAUGUUUAAAUGUACUUAAUAAAUCAUUUAUGUUUUUUCUAAAUUGUUUUCCUUUAGCUUGUAGUUAGGUCUUCCACAAACCAGAUUUCUCAACAAAGAGAGGUUGAAGUGGUGUCGACAGGCAGAACAUAAACAGUCAUGCUCUGUUACAAAACAAAAUAAACCGUUUGCAAAAAGAGUGAUAAUGUGGAUUUUUUUUUUUUUGAAAAGAAAACUAAAUAGAAGACUCUGCUUUGAAAAGAUUAUUUAGAUACAAUGAAUUCAUUUAUGUCGCCGUUUGCAACUGAGUAUCACGCUUCCUUUUGAGUCCUUCCUAGAUCCGAUACAGCAAAAAAUAGGAAGGAUCUUUUUCUCAAUUAUUUUUAUUAAU